AUGCUUGCGAGGUCGAUCAACGCUAGGGCUUUCCAGAGCAGGCUCGCGCCCGGCCUUGCUCAGGCUCACGUCCGCCGUCUGUCCCUUGCCGCCCAGCCCGCGGCUCGGACGCUCAGCAAGAGGCCGGCUCUCGCCAACCCGGUCCUGCUCGGCGGUGCCGCCCCGAUCGGCAUUCGUAACCUGUCGAUCUUCAGCGGCAAGGACUCUGCCUCUGCUCCCGUUGUCGAGAAGGCUGCUGCCCCCGCCGUUGAGCAGGCUGCCGAGGCCCCUGUUGCCACUGCCUCGCAGGCCGCCGAGAAGGCCACUGAGGCGGCCACCUCUGCUGCUGCCCCCGCCGCUGCUGCCGCUCCCCACCACGCCCCCGAGCACAUCACUGCCAACACUCCCGAUGGCAAGUUCCAUGAGGACCCGACACCGCUGCUCCCGCAGUCGCCCGCGAACGCCGAGACGCCGACGCUGGAGGACCUUGUCACGCACUCUGGCCUGCCACUCGAGGACGUGCUCAACAGCCCCGAGGCUAUCCACGCUGCCGUCAAGCUGUCGGACCUGAAGCUGAUCGGACUCGACCACUCGUGGUACUCGGCCCCGGGAUGGAUUCGUGACGCUCUUGUCGGCCUGCACGACAUUACCGGUCUGCCGUGGUGGGCGUCGAUUAUGGCGCUGACGCUGUCGAUGCGUGUGGCGCUCCUCCCGCUCGUCAUCCGCAACAUGAAGCACGCCUCGCGCAUGCAGGCUGUUGCGCCGCAGAUGAACGGACUGAUGAAGCGCAUGACGGACGCGAAGAAGGAGGGCGACCAGACGACCAUGAUGGUUGUGCAGAAGAAGCUCCUCGAGCUCUUCAAGGAGCACGACGUUUCGCCCUUCCGUUCCUUCCUCCUGCCCAUGAUCCAGGUGCCCUUCUUCCUGUCCAUGUUCUACGCUCUGCGUAAGAUGGCGUCCCUCCCCUUCCCGCAGCUCAAGGAGGGUGGUUUCAGCUGGGUGCUCGACCUCACUGUCCCGGACCCGCUCUACAUUCUCCCCGUGACCUCGAUCGCCUUCCAGAUCCUCGUCCUCAAGCUCGGAGCCGACGGCAUGGGUGGCGGAGCCUCCAACCCCGCCUCGCAGCGCCAGAUGGCGCACUUCCGUAACGGAAUGAUCGCCCUCUCCCCGCUCCUGGUCGCGUUCACGUCGACCUUCCCCGCCGCGCUGCUGUUCUACUGGACGUCCGCGAACCUCAUCACGCUGACGCAGAGCGCCGUCUUCCGCCUGCCCUUUGUCCGCAAGGCCCUCGGCCUGGACUACAAGGGCGCCUCGCUCCCCCCUCCCCCGGCCGACGCUUACGUCAACCCGAACCCGUCGCUGAAGGAGACGUGGCAGGCGAUCCGGGACUGGCAGAGCAAUGCGAUGGAGAAGGCACGCACGCAGGCCGCCGAGACGCGCGCCCGCCAGGCGAUCGAGGACGAGCGCAGGGCCAACAAGCGCGCUGGCACCGCCCAGCUCGCUGAGCGCGUUAGCGAGCCUGCGCAGCAGGACAAGGCGCCCGAGAGCGUGCAGGCGCAGGCGCAGGCUACCGCCGGAGGAGACGAGCAGCUCGCCCGUGACGAGGCGCGCGCCAAGCGCAGGGCCGCCAUGGCCGCUAGGAGCAGGAAGUAG